AUGUCAUCAAGGCGAGACGAUGACGUUGCGCCGUUGCGAAUACACGAGAGUCCGCAUGACGCUGCAGCAAUGCUCUGUGCCUUUCUUAUGGCGAGGCGCGGUUGGAGCCCUUCUCGCAUUGCUCUAACGUUGGGUAUUCCACCCCUUGUGCUUGAGGAAUGCAUCCGCAACGGCGUUUCCUCAGCGGCACUUCGCUCGCAGCUGGCACUCUGGAUUGCUGAGAACAACGAGGAAUCGUUACCAUCAUCACUGGUGAAGGAGGUUGUUGAGGCGGCGUCUUCGUCGUCUGCUGGUGCGUUGGAAUAUCAGCAGGACGAUGGCUCAUUUUCCGCCCUUGACCCUGUCACACAGUCAUAUUUUGUCGAACUGGAAUUGAGCGUCGGCCAGAGCUUUAUUUCCAUCUUGAAUGACCCCCACGAUGUGGCAGAGACCACCUCUAAUUGGGGCUUUUGGCUUGGAAGUGUCAUGUCGGGCGCUUUGGAUCGUAAUGCCCAGACAAAACACUCUGAGACGGCUGUAAGUCUGGGACCGUCUUCGUUUUCGUCAUUAUCGUCUGAGACACUGCUUGCACGCUAUGAUUUGCAGGAAGACUACUCUUCCUACCUUCAGCUUGUUACCGCACCGUACAAUAGUAAUCGGGAAGAAGGUCGGCAAGCACCGGUGAUGACGGAUACAAAUGCGCGGCUUGAUCUUGCCAACAUUUCUCUUUCCACGGAAAAUCUUCCGUGGCCAAGCGGUGUUCCAAAAGAGUUUUUUGGUUCCGCUUAUGAUUCGGAUGGUGAGGUUUGCUUGCUGGAGCGUAACCUGCGGAAACUCAGAGGCGACUGUAAAGUUGAGGACGAGAUUGACGCUUCCGUUAAUGCACAAACAUUUGGGGAUGAUUUUGAGUUGAUGGAGUCUCGAAUGAAGAAGCUUCGUCAGUGGGAAAGCGAAGUGGAAAGAUGUCUUUUGAAGCAUGUCCAAAGUCGCUCAGAGCAGUUUUUUGCGGCCUCCCAUGAGUUUAGGGACCGGGCUGCGGAGGCAAAAGAGACCCUUGAGGGUCUCCGGCAAACACGGGCGGGAAUUGGAGCCUUUGGUGAGGGACUGGUUCGAGAAAUGCUUAUGGUCGCACGGUGUUAUCGAAGCAGGAAUAACCUUGGCUCUUUGUGUAAUCUGGCGGAAAUGGUAGUGACGGUUUCUUCUCAAAUUAUAGCCAUUGAAAAUUGGGUGGCACUUCCCGAACGGGACAUGAUGGAACUGCCAGUCAUUGUUGACGUCUUUUACACGGUGCAGGAGGCACUUUUAACGGAGCACGGAAAUGGAACUUCUUCUAGAGGUAUUGCUGCUGUUGAGGCGGGGUGGAUCACAAAAGUGUCCGCACUGAAGGCUGUUCCACGUCGCGUGUUGCAUGUGAAGGAGAAACUUUGCAUGAUAAUUGUAGAAGAGUUGGAGACGAUUCUUCUUCCGGCGCAGCGCGUGGUUGUGGACGAUAGUCACAUCAAUAGGACAUUUAUUUCCGUGCAUAGAAUGGGAAUAUGGCAUACCGCUAUACGACAAUGCAGGGAUGUUCUUACAGAUGCACUGUGGAUGACAGUUCGUGAAACCUUUAUAGCCUUUAUUAUGAGUAAUUGUAAACUUAGUGACUCUGAAGCCAAUAAUCUUCUUUCCACCGCUGUUUCAGCUGAUGCAUCCCGUGAAGAGAAAUUGUUUUUUUUAAAACAUUCCAACACCUGUCGCUUUGCCGUCUACAUGCAGUUAAUAGGCCUUAUUUCGGAUCACGUGAUUGACUUUGUCACUCAAGCUGGCCAGCGAUGGGGGCUUCUUCUUGUGGAGGUUGCUCCCGCAUCCUCUGCCGCAAGUGCUGAAAAAGUGAGUGUAGAAGACACACGACACUACUUCUCGUCAUUGUGUGCAGCUGCGGAGAGUAUUAUCGCUCUUCUGCUAGAGGUGCGAAGUCACGACGGGAAGACGCCGACAAAUGCUCGUGAUCUCGAGGGGCUUGUUUCUAUGGGUUGUGCUUUUCUACCUAACAUUGUGAGUAACUUACAGGGCGUUUUGGCAAUCUGUGGCAACAUUGGUGAUCCAUGGGGGUUCGUAUCCGGAAAGCGAAUUAAGUCAGCUGUGACGCGGCUGGCAAAGGAGCACCUCCGAGUGCACCACGCGGAGAGUAUUGAGAAGUUACGUGUGACCAUUGAGAAUGAAACGUGGCUGCCGGAGGUUGUUGACCCUGCCUUUCAAUUCUCCGUGGAUACGCUUUGCCGAAGUGACGAUACAGCUAUUGAGGAACUUCGGGCACGCGCCGUGUUCACUGAGGUUAUGGGUGAGAACGGGGUUCGCCACCCUAUGGCACCAACGAUCACAAGAAAAGCAACAGCUACGACUGCAGUGACGGGGGUGGUAGCCGCUUUGGGGCCGUCUGCAUCGUCCUCCAAGCCUUUGGAAACGUGCGAUACUUGUGCAAAGAAAUUGAUUCUGCUUCCAACUGUGGAUGGUCGUACGGAGGGUCGGGUGGUGAGUAGGUCGCUUUUGAUGCUGAUUGAGUUGUUGCACGAAUGCGACGACUACUUGGGUCGGUUUCCCUUUCUUGCCUUUGAUGUGAUGGGAAAAAUGUAUGACCUCUUCACGCUUUACGAUUCGCGGUCUGCAGCCCUCCUCCUUGGUGCAAUGGCUGUGGAAAACGGUGUGCUGCAGACGAUAACAACACAAAAUAUGGCUGUUGCGUCGCAGAAUCUGGCUUUUUUGUGUGAUGGCAUUCCGCUUAUGCAGAAGCGUUGGCUUCGUGCAGCAACUGUUGAUAAGUUAUCACCGGCCAUCGUUGAGGACAUAAAGCGAGUUCGCAAGGACUGCGCGACACACCGGUGUGAGCUUUUUGGAAGGAUAUCGGACGUAGUCAAGGAUAAAAUUGAUGGACUUGGGACCGUCUCCGAGAAGCAGUGGAAAAUGUCUGGUAAUGAGUGGGUAAUGGCGAUGCUUCGAGAGACAGCGCGUUUAAUGCGAGCAAUGAAGCCGCUUUUGCCUGUCGAGGAUUGUCGCGGGGUUGUAGUGCCUCUUCUUGGCACAUUUGCUCGAAUGAUUCGUUCUGUUACGAUGUCUCCGGCGGUGGAUACGGACCUCCGAGCGGUGAUGCUGUCGGAUGUACUACUUUUCAAGGCAAAUGUGGAGAGGUUUGGUUUUGAUGUUUUGAGAUGUGCAAUGUUAUUUAACUCGGAAGCGGAGGCGAUGACGGCAUCGGUUGAGCCAUCCGCAUCGGAGGCGGAUGUUGUCGCCUGGUUUUUCAGUGAUGAAAGAGGGCAGUGA